GGAGAGACUGGCUCCAGAGCCCAUUAGGUUACUCUGGGGCAAACGGCUUUAUCUCAGUGGCUGUGGAGAUCUGGGGAGGGCGAGAGGGCGGUCACACCUGGGUGCCCGAGCAGGAGUUCCCAGGGCAGGGUCUCAGGAAGGACAGGCGCAGAGCCAUGACUCAGACUGGCCAGGUCAGGGCUUUUUCUACUUCCCCCGUGGUCCUCAGUUUCAUCAGACUAGAUAAAGUCCCGUCAGACCUAACCAAUGUCCUCCAGCUCCGCUGCCAAUGACUAACAACUCUUACUGGUCCGUGGUUAACUCGGGAAACUCGGGCCCUUUAAAAUGUGUGUAUGUGUAGGGGGGGAUUAGUCAGGUGACUGUCAUCACGUGACGAACACGCUGUUCGGGAUAUACUUUCCCAGGUCUCCAGGCUGGAGACGCCCUAUGAUGAGCCUGAACCUUGAGUUGCGAUUGGCCGGGUGCUGGCAGGAGGGGCCGGCCCCUCUGGGAAAGGCGGAAGUGGGUAAAGCUUCGGGAGGCCAAGGCCAAGUGUGGGGGUCGCGGCCCAUCAGGGUUCCGGGAAUCAGCAUGAGCGGCCUGGGCAGGCUCUUUGGCAGGGCAGGGAAGAAGGAGGAGGCCCCAAGCCCUGAAAAGGCAAUUCAGAAAUUGCGAGACACAGAGAAGAUACUGAUCAAGAAGCAGGAGUUUUUAGAACAAAAGAUUCAGCAGGAACUUCAAACGGCUAAGAAGCAUGGGACCAAGAACAAGAGAGCUGCCUUGCAGGCACUACGCAGAAAGAAGAGACUGGAACAACAGUUAGCACAGACAGAUGGGACUCUAUCUACCCUGGAAUUACAGCGUGAAGCCAUUGAGAAUGCUACCACCAAUGCUGAAGUGCUUCGAACCAUGGGGCUGGCUGCCCGUGCCAUGAGCAAGGCCCACCAGGACAUGGACAUCAACAAGGUGGAUGAACUGAUGUCUGAUAUCACAGAGCAGCAGGAAAUAGCCCAGCAAAUCUCUGAUGCCAUAUCUCAGCCUAUGGGCUUUGGGGAUGAUGUGGAUGAGGAUGAGCUAUUGGAGGAAUUAGAGGAACUAGAACAGGAGAAAUUGAACCAAGAGCUACUGAAUAUGGGAGAGGAUGAAGAGGCAGCAUUAGACAAGCUGCCUGAUGUCCCCUGUACUCAUUUACCCACCAGUCCAGCUUCCAAGGCUGAUGAGGAAGAAGAACUGAAACAAUUAGUUGAUUGGGUAUCCUGAAGAAUGCUUUGAUGUUCUUGAAACUUCAUCUAAUUCCCUUCCUUUUCCCCCAAGUGCCAACAUACUGAGCUGAAGGGUUUAAACCUCAUGAGGCCCUGGUGAGGUCGUAAUCUGACCUUCCUGAGGGAUUUGAUGUCUCACCUGGCACACCUCUGGAAUGGGGUUAUUUUUUGUUUUGGAGAUUUUGGAAGGUGUGGGGUGGGGAGGAGAGUUCUCAUUGGAAGCUGUUACAAAAGUCCUUACUCUCAAUAAAAUUGGGCAGAUGGACCCCCAUUGUCUGCCAUCUCUUACCAGCCUG